UUGUUUUGGUUUUGUGUGGAUUAUGAACGCCUUUGGAGCGCAGCAAGCCUCCAGCCAGCAGCAGCCGCAGCAGAGCAGCAGCCACCCGGCACACGAGCUCCUGGACAUGGCCGUGUACUGUGACAACUACGGCGUCUACCAGCACCAGAACCUCCACCACCACCUCCAUCACCAUCACCCCCAGAGAGCCCUCAACCACUCCUCCGGCUACGGCCUGAGCGACUAUGCCGCCCCGCCCACCAACCCCUACCUGUGGCUCAACAGCUCCCCCGCCUCGCCCUACCUCCCCGCCGGUUGCUCCGGCGGCGGCGGCGGCGGCGGCGGCUCCACCUACGUGCAGUCGGCCGGUUACGGCUCCAGCGGCCAACGGCAGCUCCUGGCGGCACCCGGCGGGCUGGGAGGCGCCGACCUGGGCUGGUUGUCCAUCUCCAGCCAGCAGGAGCUCUUCAAGAUGGUCCGGCCUCCGUACUCGUACUCGGCGUUGAUCGCCAUGGCCAUCCAGAACGCGCAGGACAAGAAGCUGACCCUGAGUCAGAUCUACCAGUACGUGGCCGAAAACUUUCCGUUUUACAAGAAGAGCAAAGCCGGCUGGCAGAACUCCAUCCGGCACAAUUUGUCCCUCAACGACUGCUUCAAGAAGGUCGCCCGGGACGAGGACGACCCCGGUAAGGGCAACUACUGGACGCUGGACCCCAACUGUGAGAAAAUGUUCGACAACGGCAACUUUCGGCGCAAGCGGAAGAGGCGAGCCGACAUCGGCACCGCGGCCGAGAAGCCCGACUCGAACGCCGAGCACAAGCUCUCGGACACGGCCAGCCUGCUGAGCUCGUCGCCGCCCAGCCUGCGCGCUUCGCCGGCCUCCACGGAGCCGCGCUCGUCGCCGCUUCACUCGGCCGAGCACAGUCCGUGCUUCGCCGGCUUCGUGUCGGGCGUCGACACGCUGCCGGCGGCCGGAGCCGAGGCCUCCCCCGGGGCCCCGGAGCGGGACUUGGGCGCAGAGUUGCCCCAAGGCCGCGAGGGCAUCUCCGGACUGGGCUCCUACUCGCCCUCCUUACAUUCCGACAGCAGAAUGAACUAUUACAACCUCAGCAAUCACUUCACUGUCAACAACCUCAUAUACAGUCGGGAAGGAACUGAAGUUUAAUGUGGAUUCAUCCAAAAAUGUCCCUAUAAUUUAUCUGUCAUUUACAGUAGCUACCUGGAUAUAUAUUUUUUGCUUGUUUUUAUAAAAAAAAAAAAAAAAAAGUCCAAAAUGGUGCUGAAAAUUCACACCCUUUGAGUUGAAACACUUGUACAGAAAUUAUUUUCAU